GGCGAUUGAUGUUAUGCGUUCGUGAACGUCACGGCGAAGACCGGGUCUCGUACACGAAUAAUCGUGGUUAAAUCAAACACUCAGUUGCAUAUAUAUAAAUAUAAUUGAAAUUCUACACAUAAAUAUAAAAGGUAUAUAAAAAGAUAACCAAAAUGUCAAAACCAGACGAAAAUGCAGACACAGGGGACACAGGAGAUAAUUCGAAUGGAUCUUCGGCUGAGACCACGUCGUCCCGAGGUGGAGACUUCGAAACAAAACUCGAGACUGAUCGUAGUAAACGAUUUGAUUAUUUACUAAAACAGACUGAAAUAUUCUCCCAUUUUAUGACAAACAAUCAGAAGGACAAGGCCGGAAGUCCGUUAAAGAUCAAAGCUGGCAGGCCCAGGAAACAGCCGGAAAAUCAAGUGAAAACCGAUUCCGGUGAUCAUAGGCAUCGUAAAACAGAACAAGAGGAAGAUGAGGAAUUAUUAGCAGAAAGUAAUGCUAGCGUUGCACCAACAACGCGUUUCGAAUCAUCACCACAUUACAUCAAAUCCGGUGAGUUACGUGAUUAUCAAAUACGAGGUUUAAAUUGGAUGAUAUCACUGUACGAGCAUGGUAUCAAUGGUAUCUUGGCGGACGAGAUGGGUCUUGGUAAGACUUUACAAACUAUUUCAUUGCUGGGAUACAUGAAACACUUCAGAAACAUUCCUGGUCCACACAUAGUCAUUGUCCCAAAAUCUACAUUAGCUAAUUGGAUGAACGAGUUCAAGAAAUGGUGUCCAACUUUACGAGCAGUUUGUCUCAUAGGAGAUGCAGAAACCCGAAACACAUUUAUUAGAGAAGUAAUGAUGCCUGGCGAAUGGGAUGUUUGUGUAACAUCCUAUGAAAUGGUGAUAAAAGAGAAAUCAGUGUUUAAAAAGUUUAACUGGCGUUAUAUGGUAAUUGACGAAGCACAUAGAAUAAAAAAUGAAAAAUCAAAAUUGUCAGAAAUUUUGAGAGAGUUUAAAACAGCCAAUCGUCUUCUAUUAACAGGAACACCUUUACAAAACAAUCUUCAUGAAUUAUGGUCCUUGCUCAAUUUUUUGUUACCAGACGUGUUUAAUAGUUCAGAUGAUUUUGAUUCUUGGUUUAAUACUAAUAGUUUCUUAGGUGAUAAUUCCUUAGUUGAAAGAUUACAUGCUGUUCUUCGACCAUUCCUUUUGAGACGUUUGAAAUCUGAGGUAGAAAAAGGACUUAAACCUAAGAAAGAAAUUAAGGUAUAUAUUGGACUCAGUAAAAUGCAAAGAGAAUGGUAUACCAAGGUACUUAUGAAAGACAUAGAUAUAGUCAAUGGUGCUGGAAAAAUUGAAAAAAUGAGGCUGCAGAACAUUUUAAUGCAACUACGUAAGUGUUGUAACCAUCCAUAUUUGUUUGAUGGUGCAGAACCUGGACCGCCUUAUACGACUGAUGAGCAUCUUGUUUAUAAUUGUGGUAAAAUGGUGAUAUUAGAUAAAUUAUUACCGAAAUUACAACAACAAGAAUCCCGAGUUCUUAUAUUUAGUCAAAUGACUAGAAUGUUAGAUAUCUUAGAAGAUUACUGCCAUUGGAGAGGUUUUCAAUAUUGUCGUUUAGAUGGUAACACAGCACAUGAGGAUAGGCAGCGUCAAAUUAAUGAAUAUAAUGCACCAGAAAGUGAAAAAUUUAUUUUCAUGUUGUCGACUCGUGCGGGUGGUUUAGGUAUUAAUUUAGCAACGGCAGACGUAGUUAUUAUUUACGACUCUGAUUGGAAUCCACAGAUGGAUCUACAGGCGAUGGAUCGAGCUCAUCGCAUAGGUCAACAAAAACAAGUUCGUGUGUUCAGAUUCAUUACUGAAAACACAGUAGAAGAGAAAAUAGUAGAACGUGCAGAAGUUAAAUUACGUUUAGAUAAGUUAGUUAUUCAACAAGGACGAUUGGUAGACGCAAAGCAAACAGCAUUGAAUAAAGAUGAAAUGUUGAAUAUGAUCAGACACGGUGCAAACGAAGUAUUUGCAUCGAAAGAUAGCGCUAUCACAGAUGAGGAUAUAGAUACUAUUCUUCAAAAAGGUGAAGCUAAAACCGAAGAGAUGAAACAGAAAUUGGAAAGUUUAGGUGAAUCAUCACUGCGUAACUUUACCGUAGAUGCACCUACAGAUUCUGUUUAUCAAUUCGAAGGAGAGGAUUAUCGCGAAAAACAAAAGAUUCUUGGAAUUGGAAACUGGAUAGAACCACCAAAACGUGAACGUAAAGCCAAUUAUGCGGUUGAUGCUUAUUUCAGAGAAGCUCUCAGAGUAUCGGAGCCAAAAGCCCCAAAAGCACCUAGACCGCCAAAACAACCAAUCGUCCAGGACUUCCAGUUCUUUCCGCCACGAUUAUUCGAGUUACUUGAUCAAGAAAUAUACUACUUCCGACAAACAGUGGGGUAUAAAGUUCCAAAAAAUCCAGAACUUGGUUCAGAUGCUGCCAGAAUUCAGAAAGAAGAACAGCGUAAGAUAGACGAAGCUCAACCAUUGACCGAUGAAGAGGUUGUAGAAAAAGAAAAAUUGCUUACUCAAGGUUUCACAAACUGGACCAAAAGGGAUUUCAAUCAAUUUAUAAAAGCUAAUGAAAAAUAUGGUAGGGAUGAUAUUGAAAAUAUAGCCAAGGAAGUAGAAGGUAAAACUCCUGAAGAAGUCAUGGAAUAUUCGGCUGUUUUUUGGGAACGUUGUCAUGAAUUACAAGAUAUAGACAGGGUAAUGGCACAGAUUGAACGUGGAGAAGCAAAAAUACAGAGACGAGCCGGUAUCAAGAAAGCCUUAGAUGCCAAAAUGGCAAGGUACCGUGCUCCCUUUCAUCAAUUAAGGAUAGCGUACGGUACGAAUAAAGGUAAGAAUUACACAGAAGAGGAAGACCGAUUCCUUGUGUGUAUGUUACAUAAGCUUGGCUUUGACAAAGAGAAUGUAUACGAAGAGCUUCGUGCCACGGUCAGAUCGGCACCACAAUUCCGCUUUGACUGGUUUGUAAAAUCACGCACGGCCUUGGAACUCCAACGACGAUGCAAUACAUUGAUCACAUUAAUCGAACGUGAAAAUCAGGAAUUAGAGGAACGAGAACGACAGGAAAGGAGAAAGAAAGGUGGUAAUAUUGGCGCAAAACCUGCGUCUAAGCGGAAACAAGAAAAUCUACCUGCGCCGCAAGACAAACCGCGAAAGAAGAAGAAAUAAACAAUAAAGGAACAAAGAUAUGUUUCCGAUUGUUAUUUCAAAGAGCAUGAACUUGACCGUAAUAUAACAAUCGUUCCAUCGUUCAUUCUUUUCCCAACAUCGACGAUUUAUCAUUGUUCAAAUUUAAGGGGACCUGUAAACGUCGCAACAUCGCCUUUCUCAUUUCCUGCGAUCUACAUUUCAAUAUGAAUACAUUCGACUCGCGUUUUUUUAAUGAUAAUCAAUAGAGCUUAGGAAUUAUACAAAAAUAUUAAUUAACUAUAAGAAAAAAGCAUAUUUAUUAAUAUCAACGAACGCAUAAAUGGAUCGACAGCGGUAUUCGAAAAUGAUUUCGCAGGUAACCUCAAAAUGAUAGCUUUUUAUAUUUAUAUAUAUAUCGGAUAACCUGUUUCAAUUUGCUGUCUCAUAAACAUCAAAGUAAUCCUUGUUCGACGUUAAUAAAAUUGAAGAAAAGCGAGAUCUUUUUUUAUACAUAUACUUAAUUAUCAUGGAAACGUUACACUCGCCACCAUGUAUGUAUUGCACACAACCA